AUGGAUCUUCUAGGGCUUCCCGUUGUUAUGAUCGAAAACAUUUUCUCGUAUUUAUCCUACGAUGAGAUCGCGAAGAAUAGAUUGGUGUCCAGAGCAUUCAAUGAGAUCAGCAUGCGGAUGCUGAACCGCGGCUUCAUGAUGAUUGAAAGACGCCACGCCAUGGCCCUCAAGAAUGUAAAGGCACAGCUUCCUAGGAGGGAGUCGGAGAGAAGAUAUCACCACUUAUCCCGCCACUGUGACAUCCUGACGUCCAUAGAGACGCGCAUCUCUAUGCUCAACAUGACAUACUCCAAGUUCAUAGACAACGGACUCUGCUGCUUCAUUCCUGGCAAGGUCAUAGAUGAGAUCAGACGUGUCCUCACAAUAGUGGAAACAUCAACCACUCCACCACGAGCUCACGAAGUGCUCCAGGAGUUGAGGGAUAUCUCCAGCAUGGCCAUCGAGCAAUUUGACGACAAGAUCGCCCCCGCCUUCCGCAAGCGGCUGCAGCAGGGAGUCGUGCAGCCUACCCCAAGACCCUCGCAUGCAGUGCUAGCUCCCCUAGCGAUCCGUCAAGAAAUGGUCCACCUCCGGCAGCGCUCCAUACUGAACGCCAAGUUCUCGAUAUACCUCGCCGCACAAUACAAGAAGUUCCACAAACAGAUGAUGGAGUACAAGAAGAUUGCGUGGCGACAGCAAAAGACUAUCAGGGAUCUCACCAAGAGGCAGCGGGAGCAGGACAAUGCUAUUGCUGAUUUGAAGAAACGCAUCGAGGAAUGCGACAUAAAGUACAGUGAACUCACACACACCAACCAGGCCGUCGGAGGGAAGGCUAUAGCUGCGAGUGCAAGCAGUGAAGCGUCGUCAGCUGCCCAGCCCCUGCGUCACUUCUCCAGUCAGAUCAAGCUGGAUCUCUCCGUACUACCCAUUGGUACUUCGAAGAGAAAUAAUAAAUUACUACCAAACAUGAAGCCGCGGAAACCGCUGAUCAAGCUACCAAGUCUUUCAGAAGAUGAUUCAGAACCGCCCCCAAAACUGCCGAAAAUGGACGAAAGUCGUUUCAACCCCACACCGUCGACGUCCAUGGACAAACAAAGUCCGAAAACAAAAUCUCAAACCACUAUCGCCAAAAUAAGGGGCAUCGCCAACGAAAUAAGAUAUCUCACAAAUCUCCCAAAGGCUUAUGAAGCCAAACUAAAACGCCCCCUAACGCUAACCAGCGAACUAAACGUACCUGAGACCAAAAAGCAGAAACUAGAUUAA